AUGAAUGUUAUUGAGCAACAAUACUUUCAUCAAAAAUUUGGAAUUUACUUAGAUUUCGCAGGAGCAAUGCCUCUUUGUGAGGAUCAAAAUAAACUCUUUUCCAAGCUGGUACAAGAUAAUUUUGGAAAUAUUCAUUCGAAAGAACAAGUAUCAGCACCAGCUAAUCAGAUGGAAGAUCUUCGCUCAUACAUUUGUUCGAUGUUUUCAACAAAUACAAUAGAAUAUUCUGUUGUCUUUACUCAUAAUACAACUCAUUCUCUUCAGAUAUUAGCCGACCUUCUUUCAUUUAACGAAAAUACAGAUUUCUACUAUUUCGUAGAUAACCACAACUCUGUUUUCGGACUUAGAACUGCUGCAAGUCAAAAAAAUUCGAGUAUUAAAAUUGUCAAUAAUUUACCAAGCAAAAUCGAUAAACCAGACUCAUAUUUCGCCUAUCCUUGCCAAUCGAACUUUAGCGGAAAGAAAUAUCCUCUUGAGUGGAUUUCGGAAUUUCAAAAAUUGAGCGGAACAGUCAUUCUUGACGCCGCCUGCUCAUAUUGUCCAUCUCUCUCUACUCACAAACCCGAUUUCGUAUCAGCAUCUCUACUCAAACUCGUAGGAAUUCACGGGGGAAUCUUAUUAAUCAGAAAAGAUCGCAUAAAGGAUCUAAAAGAUCCACUACCAGCUGGAGGAACAGUCAAUUAUACAUGUCCUCGCUCAGGAAAAUACGAUUUACUCCCAAAUAUACAGACAAAACUAGAAUCGGGCACUCCAUCAUACUUGGACUUGAUGCUUGCAUUAGAAGGAUGCAAAGUAAGACGAAGCAUCGGUACAGAAAAGGAAAUCGAGCAAAAUAUUCUUAACCUUUCAAAAAUUCUCGAAGAUAAACUGAAUAACUUAGUACAUUCCAACGGAAGACAUCUUGUAGAGUUCCAGCCAAAACGAGAUAGCUCAUUUGGAGGAACAUUUUCGUUCAAUCUUUUCACAGUUGAUGGGAAACUCAUCAAUCAUCACGAUAUACAAUAUUGCUUUAGCGUAUUUAGAGUUGCUGCUAGGUUUGGAGGCCAUUGUAACUCAGGAAGUGCCGAAAUUGCUUUAGGAUGGGAAGAUGAUGAUAUCGUUUCUGCUGCAAACAAGUUUAAAGAUUCACCAGAGAAAUCCUGCCUUAGCUCUCAAUGCGUCAUCGACGGGCGCCCAAUCGGAACCAUCAGAUUCUCUCUUGGAGCAUCAUCAACCAUUGAUGACAUUGAAAAAAUUUCUGAACUUCUGAGAAAUCAAUUCGUAAACGGGGGUCCCUGCCCAAAGGAUGAAUUGCAGAAGGUCAAUCCUAUGAAGGUUGAGUCCAUAUUUGUGUAUCCUGUCGUUGGAACUUUAGGAUUCGAAGUUAAAAAGUGGAAAUUCACAGAUCGAGGUUUGAAAUACGACAGAAUGUGGAAACUCAUGUCAGCAGAUGGUGUUACUGUUAAUCUGACUGCUUGCACAUCAUUGGCCCAAAUAGAAGCUGUUAUUGAUGAAAAAUCAGAUGAAUUAAUUCUGAAACACACAAGUGGAGAUAUUCUAUCUCUUCCUAUAAACAAUAUCAAACCUCUUGAUAAUUGCCCAGAAGAAUUAUCAAAGAAUGGAAUUGUUUACGAUCAAUCUGUUUCUGAUUGGUUGUUUAAACACGUAGGAAGGUUCUUAUAUCUCGUGAAAGUUGGAUAUAGAGAUAGUGGAAGAAUGGCUUUCUCUUCUAUCUCAAAGGAAACGUUCGAAACCGUUGGAUCUGAUUAUGAUCUUGAAAGAUUCAGAAUAAAUAUCCUAUUUAGCGGUGGAGUUAAAUAUGGAGAACAAGCAAAGCAGUUUGAUGGCCUCAAAUUGAACGGAUUGAAAGUUAUCAGAUGGAGGCCAAGAGUUAUUUGCAUGAUGACAACAGUUAAGCCUCAUGAUGGUUCACAGAGAUUUGAUGUACUCCAAAGGUUAUCUAGAGAAAGAGGAAAAUACGGAAUUGUCGAAUUAGGUUCUUUAUUCUCUGUUGACUGCGAGGGAAUUGAAAGAACACUUUCAGUAGGUGAUGUAAUCGCUUAUGAUUGA